AUGGCCGUUGAUGAUGCAACAACGACGACGACAUCAACUGGAGAACUAGCUUGGCAUGCGCGAAGAAAGGCAUGGACAACUGCAACCGACGAUAAAUUAGCCUUACAAAACGCUCGCGCUGUCGAAGCGAAUGCAUGGUUUGACGAACGCUUGGACGAUCAGAAGCAUUUGUUAGGCUGCUAUGAUCACCUUAUUGUCCGUCGUAAAGAGAGCGUUAAGCCCAUUCCGCUCAAGUUUGCUGUCAAAGUGAUUGUCCAAGGAUGGAAACGGGAUGGCACUUGGCCUGAGGGGAUGGAAGCACCUGUAUCUACUGAUCCUAAUGAUUUUUAA